AUGGCCAAGCCUUUCGACCCCGAGACUGCCGAGAACUUCGAGGAUAUGGAGAAGCAGUUCGCUGUGAAGGCUGUCGAACACCUCAUGACAUAUUGGGCUAUCCUCGAGAAGGUCAAGGGCUCGCAGCUGCGCCUGACCAAGAUGGACGACGAGAUCUAUGAAUCCUUCAUGAAGGAGUUCCCCGAGUUCGACCCCGCCGGUACCAUCAAUGAGGACGAGAUGAAGAGCAAGGCUGGCAAGGAGAAGUGGCGUAAAUGGGUGAACCAGUUCGAAAAGAAGAUCGAGGAUUACAACUUUGGUACUAUCGUCCGUACUCGCGCCGAUGUCGAGUAUGACCAGGACACCACCAUCUUCGGUGUGCGCAUGCAGUUCUACGCUGUUGAGAUUGCUCGCAACCGCGCUGGUCUGAACGACUGGAUCUAUGAGCGCUCUCAGAAGGCCAGCAAAUGA